AUGAGCUACGCGGCAUUCAAGAUGAUGCACUGGGCGACGGGGAUCGAGAACUGCGCCUCCGGCUACAUCACCCACUCCCCCUCGGAUUUCCCUCCUCGUAUCCCUUCCGUGGCGCACGACGAUAUCGAGGCGGACCUGCCUGUCGCGAGGAUAUUCGGUCCCGUUCCGAAUCUAAUUGUCACGGCCGGGAACGUUCUCGAGGUUUACGUCGUCAGGGUUCAGGAGGACGACGGCAGACCGCCGCGCUCUCCGACGGAUCCCCGUCGUGGUGGGGUUAUGGAUGGUAUUGUGGGCGCUCGGCUCGAGCUCGUAUGUCACUACAGGUUAGCAGUGUUCCUUCUAGAUCAGUAUUCGAUAGAAAGUGAUGCUUUUGGCAUGCCAAAUUCGAGCUUGUUUGUUUCACGAAGAAUGCGAACUAAGUACUCUUACGGUAAUUUGACACUAAAUGAACAAGACACAAGAGACAUUAUGCCUGAAAAUGUUCUGCUUUUUAGCCCUCACUUGCCAUGAACACGACUACUGGUCACUCUGUGUCAACUUGCAGUUAUCAUUUUUUUCUUGUCAUUGGAUUACUGGAAAAAAGAAAAGAAGAAGAAAAGGGAAUGCUGACUAUGCCAACAUUACCUUAUAACUCAAGUUAAUGUCUUAAUGGGUUAACUUUGUAGCUUCUUCAGAAUGUUCAAACUUAAAAUUCCAAGGUUGUUCAUUCAGUGCUUCCAUAAAAUUUCCUGUUUGAAUUAUUUAAAUCGCAAGUCACGAGCAACUUGAUUAUAAUCAGCAUUGGUUACCAAAGAACUCCCUUCAAGCUUGUACAGUCUGUAUUGUUUGAGGUAUAUCCAGAAUCAGUGUACAUGCAGUAAACAAAGCUUGCCAUCAGACUCUGCACUAAGUAUAGAUGCGCCUUUCAAGCUACAUUCUUCAUAUAGCUUUAGGGUGUUUGGAGUGAAUAUUAAUAGGAAGAUCUCUCCACUAAGAUAUAUGUUUUUCAUGAAUUUCUAGUCUUUCAAAGUUUAGUCUGCAACCAAAUCCAGUCCAAAAUAUCUUUGGUGCAAUUGGUGGACCCCAGAGAUAUAGGCGUGGUACUUUUCAUUGCUUUAUCCCUAUGACCAAAGAUUUUGAAUGUGUGAACGAGACCAUUGUUUGAAAAGAAUUAAAAAUACUGAAAUGAUUUGUAAUGGUCAAGUCCCUUGAUCAUUUAUAUUGGAAUGAAAGGAACCCUGCUGCGCAUCUGGGAAAAUAUAUCUCAGAGGUACGUGUACCACAUUUUUCAGAAUUAUAACUUACAACUAAUAUACUAUUUGAAACAAUAACACAGAAAGAAAAGAAAGUUUUUCUCUGAGCAAUUUCUGAGACAACAAUGUUAUCCAUAGAUUCACCAUUUUGUGAUGUGAUUGACCUGCUAUUCAGUUCGAUUGCUCUAUUAUGGUGAUCUGCAUUUCCAUAAAACUAUCGUGAAGUACUGUUUUCUCUUUCACCCACCAUAUGAGCUAUAACAGUGCAUGAACCAUUAUAUUAGGUCAACUUAUACUAAAUUGUGAUUUUCAAGUGAAGGACCUGUGUGAUAUAUCAUCAAAUUGGACAGGUCUCCAGUUUCACUUUGUUUCCUUUUGUUAAGUUCUUCUCUUGACAUAAUUUUUUGUCUCCCGCUAUUUCUGUGUCUCCUAGAUAUUUUCAACAUUUCUCCAUUAUUUUCUACUUCCGAGAAUAAAUUGGGCAGCUGAAAAGGGAGAUUUUGUGUGUGAGAAAUGGAUUUGGAUGCUUCCGUUGCUGAAGUAUUUUCGACGGAAAUUGUAGAAUAUAACCUAAUAUGUAUCUAUGUAAGGCCUCCAACUACUUUUGCUAUAGUUCUCUUUUUUGAUGAAAUUUUACGCUUCAACUUGAUAUAGUAUUUCAUGUCUUCUUCAUUGGAGUGUAGCUGGUAGUAGCUGUCAUACUUUUACCGAAACAUGAAGUAUAAACCUAUAAAGACUGUUAUCCACAUAGGCCUUUUGCCUGAUUUCUCAUGGUCUCGGAAUUUAUUAAAAUUUUCUUAUCAGCUGCUUGUUUGAUGGCGUCAUGCCUCGUACCAGCUGUAUGGUCUACUUUUUUUGACGAAGAAUGGCACGAUUUUGAUGGGGAUGAUCGUACAGAACGUUGUUUUUGUGGGCAUGCUGGAUAUAUACGUGUACAACCUCUGUCAUUUUGAAUAUUUAGUGCAUACUUGAUGCUAUCCACCUUCCAAGAGACGAAAGUAUUAGUGGAAUUUUCGUCGAUAACGUUGGCCACAUGUUUUAUGAUGUUUUCAUUGAUAGCAAGGUUUUAUUGGACACCUAUCUCGCUAUUUCACUAUUUCACUCUUUCACUAUUUUAUUGAUAGCAAGGUUUGAUAGCAAGUAUUAAUAUGUAUUUUUAUUCUUUACCUGUUUCAUUAUUUCACUGUUGUAUUGUUUUUGUAUUUUUAUUCUCUGUAGUAUGUUAUUUGUUUGAUGUUAUUACAUACAUUUACUUUAUUUUUAUAGUUUUCUAAGAUAAUAGCCAAAAAAUCUGUUUCACUUUCCAACAUUUGCUUUGGGCUUCUAGGCUGCAUGGGAACAUUGAAUCGAUGGCAAUACUCUCUUUUGGGCCAGACGGUCGCGCUAAAGAAAGAGAUUCUAUUAUCCUCGCUUUCAAAGAUGCAAAAAUUUCUGCCUUGGAGUAUAAUGAUUCUAUCCAUGGAUUGUGUACGAGGUAUGUACACUAAUGAUAUAAUAUUCUCUGUCUUCUUCAGCUACGGUUCAGGCUUUUGUUUGAAUAGAAAUGUCUACGAAAUGUUCUUCAUGGAAAAACAGUUUUUUUUUUUUUUUUUGCCAGUCUAUGCCAUGGUGCUUUUAAUCAAAAUUUAACUUUUUUUCUUUCCUCAAUCAUCCGGUGAUUUCAUAGAAUUAACUUCCGGUGAUAACCUUUUGUUAUCAUGGAGGGCUUUUACUCUGAAUAAAGCCUGAUGGAAUCUACAUCCAUGCUUGAAAUAUUGUUCGGGUAAGGUCUGUGAUGUUAAUGUUGGGCAUUGAUUUGGAUAAACCUCUGAUUUCGUUGAAUUCACCAAUUAUCUUGAUGGCCAUCAGUUGUAUUUAUCCAAUCAAAUAUGAUCGUAUUGGCUCUUUGUGCCAUGUAAGAAGAAACAUUUUGCUUACCUUUAGUGCAGAGCUAUUUGUUUGGAUUGAUGAUCACUUUAUGAGGAAUGUUUUGGGAUCUUUUGCAGUUCCAUGCAUUGUUUCGAGGGACCUGAAUGGAAUUACUUGAAAAGAGGCAGAGAAUCAUAUGCCAGGGGUCCCAUAGUCAAGGCUGAUCCUCAAGGACGGUGUGGUGGGGCUCUUGUCUAUGACCUGCAAAUGAUUGUCCUUAAGGCGGCCCAGGUGCGUUGUUUCCUUUUUCUUGUAUUUUGUCUAACAAUAGUAACUUCUUGACCACAUAGUAAAGGCUUUUCUUAGACUUUUUCAAAAUUGCCCAUUUAUACACGUUUUUUCUCUUUUUGAACAAAUAUGUUGCACCUGGCAGAUUUUCAAACACUAUUUUGUAGAAUGUGCUCAUUAUCUAUUAUUGUUCAGUUAUCAUCAGAUUCAAGCUUGUUACCUGACAUUGUUAAGAAACAUGGGUAGAAAAUCUGUCAAUAUUGUGAUGAUGUAACGCUGUCACCUUCUGCAGCCACUACAAAGGACUAAAGAGGAAGGGAUGAGGACAUGGGUGACACGGGCCAAGGGAUUUCUAUGUCCAAUAAUGAGUCAUAUUCACCUUAUAUUCGAGACUGGAAUCCUUCUUGUCAGUGGGCUGGAAUCACCAUUACACUAUUUCUACUUUGACACAUCAAUGUUUAAAUAGCUGUGGUUUUGACUGUCUGAGUAGUUGUCUUGGGUAGUACUAUUAUGUUUUUGUUCCUAUUUUCUAUUGCAUUUACGUGAGGAACCAGUCUCUUGUACGAAUGACUGGAGAAAUCAUCUGAUUUGAACCCAAGCUACCCAAUGUGGAUGGGACUUGGCUAUGUCUGCCCUAAUUUCUUGUGGGGUUAUUGAAUAGCCGAUUGAACUUGAAAAUCCAUGGAAACAUAACUGCAUAGAAAUCGGCCAAUUUUGUGUCAGCUGAUUCAUUAUUAGACUGGCCCUUUUUGCCUUGACUUAAUGUAAACUAAGAAGAGAUGCACUCCACACCUACCUGUGGAUAGUGCAGGAUGAAGGUGAUGGGGUGAAGAAGAAGAUUGAAGAACAAGGAACAGAAACAGCUGUCAUGUACGCUGCUUGCUGGCCAUUUCUUCUCCUCCCCAGAAGGUGGGUGUUUGGUAUGGAAGUCUUGGACAGUUAUUCAGAUGUCAUAUUUUAUAAAAAAUGCUUUAAUUAUCAUGCAAUUUUUAUAAAAAUAUACACAUCUGGGCAUAAUUUUUAAAGUUGGGCCGUUCUUUUGGAUUGGCUGAUUGGUCUGAUCCAAUCUUUAUCUAGGUCAGUUUUCUUGGGCAGAUCCUAGUUCACAGAAAUCUGCGAGUCCAUGAUGAUAGCUGCAAUUAGACAUGUUCUCCCUGCAUUGUACUUAUUUUCUUAGCUCUGAUGCAAUGCGAAAGUUGUGGUAUAAAUUGUUCAGAAACUCCAUCCCGUGUUUCGUAUCACAUGUCAUGACCACUGAUCAUAUGCCUCUCUUCAUUGGCAACAGUUGUUCCUUCAGACAUCCAUGUAGAGAUUUGUAGGCUGUCCAUAAGACAGAUUUAUUCCCAAUUACAGGUGUCUGGAUUUUUCCUUAAUUGAAGACAUCCAUUCGGCUAGGCUUCAAUAUUUUUAUUGAUUUCAACAUUUUUGCAUUAGUUGCCAAGUGUGAUUAAUUUUAAUGCUGCUUAUUGAGAAGAUGAUUUUCUGUCCUUCCAGAAGAAAAUUUGAGGCAUGAGAUAGAAAAAUGCAAGAAAAUCACUUGGAGCUCUCAUUCUCCUGGUAAAAUAUCCAAUAAGAAAACCAUUAACUGUAUCUAGAACUGGCUGUCCUCAUCUUGGUUUCUAUGAUCAUGGGUGCAUUAAUCUUACGUCAUAUAGUAGCUUAAAAGGAGAAAAGGUUGCGAAAAGAUAGGCUUAGUUUCUUUGUAUCUAUUCUUGAUUGCUAGUCAAAUGAGUCGUUUGUGCCCUAGAGUCCAAGGAAUGUCUUCUUCCAGUGCAUCAUCGUUUUAUCCAACUUUAUGUAUAGUAGAAUUAUAUUUUUGGUGGUAACUACUUCAUUGUUUAGUGAAUUUGUAAAUCGUAUAGGUGGUUUCAUACCUUGCGAGAGUUCAUGCCUUAGUAAUCAUCGUGUAUAUCCUCCACACUGCGAGUUGUAUCAAAAUUGUGAAACAUUGUAAUGCUAUGUAGCUAGGGUUAUUUCAACCGUUGGGAACCAUUUUAUUGCUUUGACUAUGUGUAAAGUUCUAAUAUUUUUGACUGAAGUUUUUCUCUCUUUUUCUGGUGGUGCAUUAGCAAUUUUCAGAGAUCAUUUUCUCAACACUUUGACUUUGAGGUUUGGAAUAUAAUUGCUUCAGCUUUCCCUUAUAAUGCAUAGUCAUGGUAUUUUUCUUGAGUACAAUAGUUCUGCCUGUAGAGUUUCUGCUAAUAGGUCUAUGGCUUGUCUUCAUCUUAGGCUGGCCAAGGUUUAGGUGGAGAUGAAGACGUUGCUGGAUCAGGGGGACCCAUCUCGGUUUGUUUCGAGUCAUCAUAUAUUAUUAACUUACGGGAACUGGAUAUCAAGCAUGUUAAGGAUUUCACGUUUGUUCAUGGUAAUUAUAAUUAUUGCCUAUAGUUGAAGGAAGUCAUUUACUUAUAUCAUUAACUACAGCCUCCUGGCAUAGGUUACUGAAGUAGCAUUCUGUGCGAGUUUUUUUGCUUGGUCUCUUGGCUUUUAUUGCUGAAUAAAUUUCCUCUUUCUUUUUGAGGAAAAACUGCAUGUUGAAAUUUGGCUAAUCACUUUAACAUGUGUUUGUGGACAAGAAAUCAUUUCCCUUCAUUAUUUUUGCUGAACUUGCUUUAAAGUUGUGUAUGCUAAUCAUAGGGUCAUGGCACCAGGCAACUUGAACUUCUCAACAAAUGCUUCCAUAAAUGUUUAAAGGCUUAUUUUGAGUUUUUUUGUCCCUAGAUUUUGAUCAGUUUUAUCUCCUAUAGAAAUCAAAUUCUUGGCCGCGCAUAUCUGCUUAUGACUUGUUCUGCAUUAAAUAGUCAUGAUAUACCUUGCAAAUUUAUCAUAUUCUUGUAUUUACUUUUUUACUAGCCCAAAAUGCUAAUAAUUAGUACUCAUUUUCUCAAAUUACUUCUUGAAGAGUGAACCUAUUAUUUUCCUCUACUUAACUGAAUGUAACUUUAACAAUAUAUGUAGGGUUGGUAGAGUCUUUCCUAUCCUUAGGAGUCAUAAAAUUGAACGUACCUCAAAAAUGACUUACACAAAAGGAAUGUGAAAAAACAGUAACAGAAAAGCAGAACUUCCUAAAAAAUCUCUAACAGGCCUAAGUAUUAGAACGAAUUGAUAUUAAAAGAAGGAUAUAUACUUAGGAAUAUAUCCAUGAAAGUACCUCCCGAUGAUCAUCACUCCCUAUCAAGCUGGUCGGUUGAUAUGUUCCAUUCCCAGAUUGUUUUUUAUUUAUUAAAAUUGUGCAACAAGUAGUCCCUUAGUUUGGUGAUCUGUUAGUUGCAUGAUGGCACAAAUGGAGUGCUAACUAGCUCACUGUCAAGCUUCUCUUGUAUGAAGCGUUUGUUAAUCUCAAUAUGCUUAGUUCGAUUAUAUUGGAUUGGUUAUGUGCAAUAUUGAUAGCAGAUUUGUUGUCACAAUACAGCUUCAUAGGCCCAAGUAUCGCAAUCCUCAAGUCAUCUAGGAUUACUUACAGCCGUAGUAACUCACAGAUUCCACGAGCCAUGGUCCCGAAUUUAGCUUCACCACUUGAUCUGGCAACUAUAGAUUGUCUCUUACUCUUCCAUGCCACAAGAUUACCUCAAUUAGGUUCUAUCAACCAUGAUCCUUCAUAAUUUGAAUCUGUAUUAAAUUUUGAGGUUAGUUCUCCACCUUUUUGGAAUAACUAUCCUCUCCUUGUGUGCCAUUGAGGUAUUGAAGUAGUCUAUGAAUUGCUUGGAAAUCCUCUUCAUUAGGCACAUGCAUGAAUUGACUUAUUACACUGACAUCAUAGGCUAUUUCUGGCCCUGUGUCUGAUAGGUAAAUCAGUUUCCCAACCAGCGUUUGAUAGCUUCCUUUGUCUGCAUCUUUACUCGUUUCUUCUUUGCCCAACCUACGUUUUUGUUCAAUAUAGGGGUGUUUGUUGAUUAGCUCUCAGGUUUUCUCGUCUCUAUAUGUAAAUAUAAAACAAACUUUUUUUUUAUCAUUUCCAGUAAUAAUUAUAUCAUCACAUAAACAAGUAGAAUGGACACAUUGCCUUCCUUGGCAAGUUUAACAAAUAGUGUAUGAUUCCUUAACUUUGCCUGUAUCCCCAUAUGUGACAUAACAUUUAUAAAUCUUACAAACCAUGCUCGAGGUGAUUGUUUCAGUUCAUAAAGUGCUUUCUAUAGUUGACACGCCUUAUAUAUCUGAUUUUUCUAUCAAAAUCGGAUAGGAUCUCCUGGAACACUUCUUCUAAAUCCUCAUGUAGGAAAUCGUUCACAUCAAAUCGUUGUGGAUUUCCGUCAAACUAUGUUGUUACAGACAUGAAGAUCAUCAUGGUAUUUAUCUUAGCUAUUGGUACCAAUGUUUCAACAUAAUCAUUUCCAUGGAUGAGUAUAACCUCUUUUAACUAGCCUUCCCUUUUAUCUUUCCAAAGAGAAAUUACCUUUAUAUUUUAGAGUGUAAACCCAUCUAGGUCCCAUAGUUUUCUUGUCUUCAGGCCUCAGAACAAUAUCUCAUUUCUGACUUCUUUCUGGUGCAUUCAUUUCCUCUUUCAUGGCUUGUGUAUAUUCCUUAUUUCCUAUUCGUUUUGGGGCGAGUACUCAAGUUCCUCCAUAAUCACACUGAAUGCUCAGCUUCGCAGAUACCAUCAGCCAUUGGAACUUAAAACGAUUUCUAUCGGCCGAUCUAAGCACCCGAAAAACCUUACCGGGUUCAGUGCUGCUUCUUAAAUUGUUUUUAUCACAUCAAUAUAAUCUAUAUUAGUGCCCAAGGCUUUAUCUCGAGGAGAUCGUUGGUCAAUAGACGAAAAAUCAGCUAUAGGAUGCUGAAUACGUUCACUCCAAUAGUAAGGUCAAGAUUAGACUGUUAAUUAAAAGUUGAUGGAUGAAGUGUCAUUUCGAUACUUGCUUUGGUCCGGAUUCUUGAAUGUGUCCUUGGUCUGGAUUGAGUUGUACACGUCUUCAAUUCCUUGGCUAGUUGAUUGGAUUGUGAUUAAUGUUGUUUUGAAGUAAUUUUUGGAGAUUCAGGUUCUCUUUCUCCUGGUAAUUGAUGGUUCAGAUGACCUAGAGUUUAUGACUCGUCAGUAUUAGUAGAUUCGGAUAUAACUUCCUCAGUAUUGGUGCACUUGGGAGGAAACAUAGAUUAACGUCCUUGUGUUUGAUUUGGUAGGAAGUCAUCUAGGAACAAUAAACCUAUGCUCUCAUCUUCUUUAGAAGUUUUCCCUUGAAAAUAAGGAAAUAGGAUUUAGUAAAAAGGAUUGCUUUCAGAAUGGUGACAUCCAUAGUGACAGGUAUUUUACGACUGUGAGGAUGAUAACAUUUGAUAGUUGGAAUUUAGAGCUUAAGGAUUUAAUCUAGAAUAUUUUUUUUGGACGUGAACAUACUGAACAUUUUUGAGAAUAGACAAUUUGUGUUGACACUUUUAGGAUAAAAUUGGGAGAACAUACCUAAUGGAGUUUGAUUUCUAAUGACCUGAGAAAGAAGUAGAUUUAUUGAACAUACCUAAUGGACUUUUAGUUAAAACUGCUUCUUGCCAUAUGAAUUUUGUUGCAUUAUAUUGGAAAAGUAAUGACCUCAUAACUUCUAAGAUGUCUGUUUUUGUGUUCAGCAACACCAUGUUUUUGGAGAGUGUCAACACAUUAGAAUUCGAGGAAUAUCCUUGCUUUUGGAAAAAAAAGUUGGAAAAUAGUUGAAGUGCUCCUUCCUACUAUCAGACCAAACUUUCUUAAUACUUUUCUCCACAUUGAGUUUUGACCAUACUACGGAAUACUGGAAAAAAAUGGUCACUUAUUGGGUAGCUUGAGUCUCCUGAGUCACUGUUACCUGCUAAGUCUUCCCAUUAAGGCUUUUAACGUCAAGAAACAUCUUGAUGGAAACUAGCACGGCCAAAGUCCACCCGCUUUCUUGACAAUGUUUCAGUUUAUUAGGCUUAUUGCAGGGUUGCAGAUUAUUUUUCCUUUAUUAGGCUUAUUUCAGGAGUCCACGCCACCUUGUCUAAUCAUGACCUUCACCAAUAUCUCUUUUGGGUUACCCACUGUGAUUCUCUGCAGAUAAUUCUCUUAUCUGUGUCUGAUUAUCAUUGAGAACUGAUGCUGAGUUCUAAUAUAUCAGUAUUCCUAAGGUGUAGUGAAAUCUUUCCAAGGCGAUGCCAUAUCAUUAUUUUCUCAGUUAUAACAUGCCUGCUUCUGCUUUUGAUAGCCUAAACCAUAAUUAUUGAGAUCGAUUAAUCUUGAUUGGAAAUGGAUAACACCAAUUCAGUUCAGGGGAGAAAUCCAAUGCUGGCUUGUUAUCUAGAAAUGACACUAAACAUGAUUGAUUUACUGAUUUAUGUUAUGAGCUGAAUCGAUUAACGAUUUGUCAUUCUUACUUGCAUUGGUGCUGCUCGUCAGUUGAGAAAGAAGAGGAGAAUGCAGAACGGAAUUAUAUGGAACUCGUGUUAUGGGAAGAAAGAGAUCAGUCAAAUCGGUUCAGGAAUAUGAGUUUAUUUAUGAUACUUUUUUAAUCAAACAUAUGUUCGCAUAUAGUUUUUAGGAUUGAGAAUACUCGAGUUGGGCUGUUCUCUAGGGUUGGUUGAUUUGGCUGAUCCAAUAUUAUCUGGAUUAGAUCAUGUUAUGCACCCACGUAUCUUCUGGGUGCUAUGGACUGAAAGAGAUCACAGAAAUUUCUUCAUAAGUUCAGAAAUGAAAGACAUGAUUGACGCAUCCAACUGGUCAAGUGCUAUGAAAAUAGGUUCUUUUAGCUUUGCCUACUGAGUUUGAUCUAGCAUUGGGUUAACUUUCUCUUCUUGUUAGAUGCUUGUUAAAUCCCGAGAGAUUUUAUGUGGUUUUUCUUUUUCUCUGUAUUUCUCUUUUGUUUUUCUUUUUUUUCCAUCCCUUUAUAUCAGUCUUUGAGGAGUUUUCUUUUCCACCGUAUUGGUGGUUUUGCCCUCAUUUCCACCAAAAAAUAGUUGUCAGGCCAUUGAUUUCAGAACUAUGUAUUAAUGUUGGCCCGUCUAUGAAACCGCGGCCAUUUAUUUGUAUCUUCCUAGAUGAUAAUGAUAAUGAUGAUGAUAAUGCAGCCUCUCCAAAUAUGCUUGUUGCCUCGGUUGCUAUGGUGGAUUCUUAGGUAGUUAAAUCAGGAUUCUCAGAUUCUGUACGACAAACGAAGGGAAAACCAAAUGGCAAAUGUUAGGUAGUGAACAAAAGAUAAACGUAAACAUUAUUAUUUUUUAAAUGUGAUUACUGCAUCACUCAAGGACAAGACCUCAGUUUAAAUUCGCUUUUAAUAUUUUUUUCUGCAUGCAGCCGAGUCACGUUAAUACGAUGUGAUUUCAUGAAGUAAAAUUGUAGUGCAUAGUUUUUUUAGAUGGUGUUGUAGUUAUAAUGUUUUCAAAUAAGAUCUGAAUGCAGACGUGAUUGUUUGAAAACGCGUAUUUUUCUAAGCCUCAUCUUGUGGGUGCAAGUUUCAAUGAUGCAUCAUGUAAUAAGGCAACGGGAAUAUUUGUACAUGCUGCUUGCAGUAAAAAGACCAUCAGUCAGUUAAAUGGGGCUAAGCUUCAAAUAAAACUUAUGUGUCUCUACAAAAGGAAUGUUCUGCAAAAAACGGUUAUUUCUAUUUUGUACUUCUUCAAUACAGCAUAGUUCUUGUGCCUAGUUAGAGCAGUGGAAUCGGAUCAUUCUUUCAUUCAUGCUGUUAGUGAACUUAUGACGCUAUGUUUACGUGGUGUCCACUGGGUUCCAUUGCCUCCUAAUGCCGGGGAGUAGGGGGAGUUUAUUGGUGUCUGGACAACAUAUUUAUCCAGAUGUCUAAUGAUGCAAGAAGCCUCUGUUGUAGUUCUCUCUUUUUGUCCCCAACUUCAAUGACUUAUAUAUCCACACAUCCAGAGCAGCUCUUGGCUCCAAGGUUCUUCCUCUGGACACCUUAAACAUUGUAAUGCUUUUUAGUGAUCCUUGGUCUCCAUAGUUGUCCUUAUAAUGCAAAGUUGUUCUUAAUAUAGCUCCUCUACCAUUCAUCUCCCCAGAUGACAUAUGAUUUCCUUUGACCAACCCCUUAUUCAGGAGAUAAGAUCCUCUUCUCCAGGUUAAUAACUACAAUCUUAGACCUUUACCGCGCUCGUUGGGAGUUGGCUCUCUAAUACCAGAAUCAGGACGUGCAACAUUUCCGAUCAGUAGCAUCCUUUUUAUAAUGUUUUGUUAAUGUGCAAUAUCAUAUGAUAGCUAAUAUUUUGGUGUUUUCAUUUAUAAAUUUGUGAUGAUUCUGCUUGUUCUAGAGUUUUAAAUAAUGCACUUACACACUUUAUCUCUAAGAUUUUCAGCGUUGUUCUGACUGACAUUUGAUGUAAUUUUGAGUCAAAAUACCACAUGGAUUCUCUUCGAACUAUAUCUACUGAUUUUAUUUUGAUACUUUCCCCUACAAGUUGUCGUGUGAGGCAUAUGUAAGCCUUACUGCACUCUUCUUGGGAGAAUGUCUCUAUUGGUGUGUCUAAUUGAGAAAUGGAGCUCUUGAGACAGCUUCUUAUCUAUUAGACUGUCAUUGUUUGCUAUUGAUUGACAUUUGGUGGUUUUUUUUUGUAUAUUUAUUUUUCUUGCUGAUCAGUCUUGUCAUUCAGUUUUGUUAUAAAUAACUACUUGCUGAUCAGUCUUGUCAUUCAGCUUAUGUAGAGCUUUUGGACUCCAAUUCAUUUCGUCAUUCUGUCUGUUUUUGAUUUGAUAUGAAAUUAGCCGGUGACUUUUUUGUUCAGCUAAGCUUUAUGGGUUUUCUUUGAAUAGGUUAUAUUGAGCCAGUUAUGGUGAUUCUACAUGAGAGGGAACUUACGUGGGCUGGGCGAAUCUCAUGGAAACACCACACAUGCAUGUUAUCUGCGCUUAGUAUCAACACAACUUUGAAACAGCAUCCUCUUAUCUGGUCUGCUGUGGUAGGUUACUGGCUUAGAUAUUGUUGCUGCAACAUAAGCUAAUCCAAUUCUCGCCACAUGCAUUCUCUUAGGAUCUUCAUUAACUGUAGAUGCUCCUUAGUAAUCGUUUGUGAUUAUUCCUGAUGGGUUUUAUUGUCUGAUAUCUCAUUAUGAUAGUUAUUUAUUCUUUGCAAAAUAAAUCUUAUGAUACAAUUUUCAGCUAGGAUGUGGUAGUUAGUCGUCUUUAUUGACCUCAUGUUUAUCCAUCUCCUUGCAUUUUAUGAUUCAAAUUUUCAUUUACUCUUAUGCGAAUUAGUUUCUCUGGCAAGGGUAUUAACCAGUGGAUCAGUGGAUUCUUGUGAUGAAGGGUGAUGGGCAACAUGAGGCUUGUUUGUCAUUUCUUUCUGCAUCUUGCAUUGCCCUUCGCUUCUAAACACGGUUUCGUUUUUUAAAUUCCUAAAACAUCAAAUUUUAUUUUAUUUUAUCUAGAAACAGUUUUUCCUCGUGCAAAAGAGGCUUGCAAAUUUUCGACGCAUUUCAAGGUUCUCUGUAUGUUUACAAGUGCCAAGGAAAACUUUAUCUUAAAUUAUAUAGCACUUACUGUGAAAUAUCUUGUUUGUACUAAUUCAUUUUGUAUCCUGGUUUGCCAGAAUCUUCCUCAUGAUGCUUACACGCUCCUAGCAGUACCAUCACCAAUUGGCGGUGUUCUCGUAAUUUGUGCAAAUUCUGUUCAUUAUCACAGUCAGGUCAGGUGAUUGAUGAUCAUGAUGAUGAACACUUAUUCUCUUACCGUUAGAAUCCGAUUGACAGCCUUCAUUUCAUUGAUUCUUUGUUUUUCUCACGUGUUUUGCUUUGUCUUCAGUCUGCUUCAUGUGCCCUUGGACUAAACAACUUCUCUGUUCCGGCAGAAAGCAGGUCUUCUCUUUUAUCACUGGCUUCAUACUACUUCCCGUUUUGAAUGUGCAAUCAUUAAAUUCUCUCCUCUGACAGGACUUUGUGGAGAUUGCUGUAUUUCAUCACUUUGUUCCUGUUAUUGUGACCUAUGUGCAUCAUUUUUAUUUCAUCAUACCGUUUAUUCGAAGUGCUAUGGUUUGUUCAUUUGUACGUAUUUUAAUUAAACUGAUUUAAACUUUUGUCCGGUCUUGAACACCUGUGAACCAGGCACUUCUAUUGACUAUAAUGGACAUUUAUUCUGCAUUAAUAGUGGGAUGAGGUCUUGAUUGGUGAUUAUUUAUAAGAAGUUCAUGGUUUUGAUUUAUUCGUUCAGGAAGAGCCUAAAAUGCAAUUCUAAUUUGCCAUUCCCGGGAAUGGCCUCUUUUUUGACCGAUGGUACAACGUAAACAGGAAGAUUGCUUAACAACAGUCAAAAUAGUAUCAAAAUAAAGUGAUUUUGCUGGCUUAAUAUUUCUGCUAAAUUCUUGGUAGACCGUGUAAAAUUUAUUUGGUUUUUGAGGCUCAGUAAGGGAUUCAUCUUGUAUAAGAUUAAAUUGCUCAACCAUGGACAGCUUUGCUACAACCCUCUCCUAAAAAUGCAAUAAAGGUCGUAAACAAACACCAAGGAUUGGCUUCUUUAAAUCGGAGCUGCUAGUCACGACAAUUAAUAUUGGUAACCUCCUAGUCAUGGUGCACUUGGCAUAUGACAGCUCUGUAGCUUUUGGUUCAUUGAUUUUUCCUAGUUGUAGAGUACAGUAAUGUUCAUGGUGUACUUGGAAGGAUAUGGAACUCUUCUCUCUUGUCAAUGAUAAUACCAUAGGUCAUGUUCUGAUGCCUAGAUGACUAAAAUUAGUUUUGAUAGCCAUGGGCUAUUUGGAUGGAGUCUAAUAUGAUGUCAUGACUCUUCUAUUUGAUGAUCAUUAUCGUGCAACAUUUGGAUUUUCUCCAAACCAAUUUUUUCAGUUUAAGCGUGCUUGACAAAGUGAUUGCCUGUCAACUUGUGUUGCUUUGCUAAACCUUUUUAAGUCAAAUUGAGUUUUCUUGUUGCAAUGAACUGUUUUUAUUUUUCUGAGUAUUCGUUUUGAUGAAUGCAUUUCUUAGUUAUUUGGGAAUAAAAUGUCACCCUCUAUAUACUUGAUUUGCUAUUUAUUUUAAUGUUUAAUAUAUACCUUUAUAAUAGACUUAUUAAUUUCAGUUCUGAUAUACCACGAUCAAAUUUCGCUGUGGAGCUUGAUGCAGCAAAUGCAACAUGGUUAUCGCAUGAUGUUGCCAUGUUCUCAACAAAGAAUGGUGAACUUCUCCUGCUUACGUUAUUUUACGAUGGGAGGUAAAUGUCUUAGUUGUAUGCACUUCCACAGAUGACAUCAGUAAGAUUACUUUCCCUCUUGCGAUUGGCAUCAUAACAAUAACUUGUUUUCUCCUUUACUAUGGGAAGAAUCGUGCAGAGACUUGAUCUUUCAAAGUCUAAAGCCUCAGUCUUGACUUCGGUUAGUUAAACUGACUUGCUUUUUAGCCACAAAGAUGUCUGAACUCUUAUUGGUAUAUUGCUUCGGUUGUUUGCCAUCAUCUUCAUGGUAAAGUAAUUGUUUGACUCUGGUCUUUUUGGUUUCUUUGAAAGGGCAUUGCAACCAUUGGAAAUUCAUUUUUCUUCUUGGGUAGCCGUUUGGGUGACAGCCUUCUUGUACAGUACAGUUCUGGGGCGACUUCAAGCUCUAUAAGUGGAAUGGACGAGGUUUCUACAAUAGUGGCCUUUUACUUUGUUCUUGUCUUAUUUAUAGUGAUUUCUUAUGAUUACACUUAUUAUUUCACUUCCUUUUCUUGUCUUUUAAUGAUCUUUUCUUAGGCUUGUAGCUAUUGAUUUGUAUUGUUCAUUACUAGAUAUUUAUGUUUUUUUUUUUUUGAGUAAAACGUUUCUAUGACUUGUAACAUAGAAUGGAAAUGAGAAAAGAUCGAUGAAGAAGAGAGACAGUCACACAUUUGUGACAGAAUUAUUUGUGUCACUCAGACUCUAUAUUUACAGAGCUUCACUGAGUUAGCUAUCUAAUGAGAGUUACAAUGACAGGAGAGGAGAUGCUCCAUCAAAAUAGAGGGAGGCUUGGGCAACACUACGGGGUUAUGCAGAGGAAAAACUCAAAUCCUAGGAGGUUAUGUAGAGGAAAAACUCAAAUCCUAGGAGGUUAGGUAGAGGAAAAACUCUAACACUAAAGACAGAUUACCUUUUGUGGUGAACAGUGGCACAAAUCCUAGGAGGUUAUGCUGAGGAAAAACUCAACUCGUAUUCACAUCAUAGAUGACUGUUAUAUCAAAUUAUCAGGGCGACAACGCAAGGAAACUAACUACUAGGAAACUGACAGACCAGGAAACGAACCAACAAGCUAGGACAUGGUUCAGCUAAGAACCGAACUCCUAAUUAUAGAUUCUUUCCCACACCCUUACGUUUACCCUUACUAGGAAAGAAACCAACAAACUAGGAAAUGCCACUGUUUUUACUACCAUUUCGUUCAGGUUUCCCUUUCCAUCAGGAUGAAAAAGUGAGAUUUAGUGACUGUCAAAAUAGUGUGCUGAACGUUGUAGGUGAUGUGCUCCUUUUAUGGUGAUACCUUUAUGGCUUUGGUUCGUGAAAGUCACCGGACACAAUCUUAGUCAUUUUUAUAUUUUUUAGAAAAAAAAUGGGUUAUUAGUUUUUUAAUCUUCUUACGUAUGAAUGCAGCUGUCUGUUUGUCUCUGUGUGACUGUCUUUGUGACUUUGUACGUUUCCCGCCAUUCUUUCAUGUUCUCUACAAACUUUUUUAAAAAAAAGUUUUUUAUCUUCCUUUGGGGGCUCAUUUUGGGUUUUUAGUACACUGUUUUGAAUGUUUUGAAGUUUAAUCUAACUUUAUUUUGUAAACUUCAUUGUAUUUAUUCUAACAUUUUUAUAGUUGUAUUAUCCAUUAAAGUAAAUGGUUCCUGGCUAAUUCUCAUUCAUCAAAUAAUGUGCAGGCUGUUGAUAUUGAGGUUGAUGCUGUCCCUGCUAAACGAUUGCGAAGAACCCCAUCUGAUGUUCUGCAGGAUAGUGAGGAGCUUUCAUUUUAUAGCUCAGUCCCUAAGAGCUCAGAGUCAGCACAGGUUAUUGCUGAUUAAGUGCUGUGAACUCUUCCAUGCCGUCCUUUUUUCUUUUAUCUAGUGAUAAUUAGUUAUUUACAAUGUUUUAAUCACAACUAUGGGCGCCAAAAGUUAUAUUUAACUUCUGCAUUAGUAUUGUGACAUUUUGUUUCUCGUUUAGUCUUUGAAUGUUUCAUUGAUGUGAAUAGCCUACUCUUUGUAAAGUAAUAGAGAAUCUCGUUAUACUAACUUUCUGUUUCUGCAGAAGAACUUCUCUUUCGCUGUUAGGGAUUCUUUUGUCAAUGUUGGUCCUCUCAAAGACUUCUCUCACAGUUUAAGGUUAAAUGCUGAUCCUAGUGCAACUGGAAUUGCAAAGCAGAGCAACUAUGAAUUGGUUUGUCCCUCCCUCAUAUGCCCAUAUUUUUCUUUUAUCUUGAUAAAUUGGUGGUAUGUAAUUCUGAAAAAUUCACUUGGUUUCUGCAAUUGUCUAUCUUGUGAGUGCAUGAAUUAUCAGGAAAGAAAAAUUUUAGUGGGCUCUUUUGGAUUCUCAGUGACCCAUUUAACCUGCUAUAUAUUUAAUGUUUUGCAUUGUGUAGAGACUCCCCGUUGUUGCGGGUACAGACUCUGUUUCCAAAUCUUGAUGAUUUAUUCUUUUGUAGCGUCUUUCUGGUCUGAUAUUUCUAUUUUUUGAUUAAGCAACAUGUUGGACUGGUGAGAGGUUGUUCUCUGGUGCCUUAAUCUGGUUACCGAGGUUAUGCUAUUUCUUGGGUUGAUAUCAACACUGUGAAACAAAAGAUCUCUGUCUAGUUGCCACGAUUUUCAAUUUAUGAUCACUUUUGUGCAGCACUGGUGGUUUCUACAUUCGUUUGUGCUCUUUUGAUUUUGUAGAGAGCUGCCUCCUCUACUUUUCAAUGUGGUGAAAUACUGGGUAUUUAGGUGUUGAUGUUGGUUAUACCGUGAUUACAUGUGUUAAGGUUGUGGUGAUGACCUAGUCCUUGAUCUACAUCAGUAAUGCCUUUUCAGAGGAGAAUCUAUGCCUACGUGUGGUUUUCAUGUAGGAGAAAUGGGGGGUACUUAGUAUGCAAAUGUGACCCGUUGCUUUCUGGAUAGGGGCGAAAGAAGUCUGGUGGAUGACACUGCAAACUUAUUGGUGUCAUUUCUCAUCCACUGAGGCUGUCCUCAUCUUCCUAGAGUUUCCUACCCUUUUAAAUGCCAAAGGGAAGACCCGCAACUUGAGAAGAUUCAACUUCGGAUAUAUUUUUGUCUCUCGUCCUAGCUAAAAUGAGAGUGAAAAUGAUAGUCUAAGUAUUCCCAUGCCAUGCGGGUGUCUUAGGAAGUUGCUGGGGGAAGGUUAAUAUAUGUUAGAGUUAAGUCGAAUGGUUACUUGUAGUCUCUUAGGAGAGCAUCUUAGCUCUUUAUCCAAUAAAGGUUUAAUUGCCAUAUUCGGUAUUCACGUUUUUGAGUAGGGGGACGAAUCAGCCUUUUGUUUGGCUCCUUAUUUGUACAUGGUUUGACGUUUGAAUUGAUCCUUUAAGACGUGUCCUUUUCUUGGAAAGGAAUUGGGGUAGUUUCUUGUUUGCAUACUGGAGGUUGGCGAGGUCUGUCAAAUCAUCUUUUGAUUGUAGCCUCUUUGGAGUAUCUCUCAAGAUUGAAAUCAAGAUGGGCAUAUUAUUUUGUAUGCUUCAUCUAAGCUAUGUUUUGUCGGGAUGGGUUGCCUUUUAUUUGGGAGGUUGGUAUGCGUUGAUAUUAAGAACUGUUUCCCUCUGAUAAACUGUAGUAUAAAGAUGAUGUAAUUCCAGUCUCUGAUGUUCACUUCCUAAUGUCGUUAUAAUCAGUAUUACUGGUGAACCUGAUACAUUGGUCCAUGUUUCUGGUACGAAUUGUGCAAAUGUUGAUUGUGCUCGCAGUAUCUUAGUCUAGGUCUGUUGUACAUCUACUAUUAAUUGGGUUGUGUUCAGGCACUUUAGGUGCUAGAGGGUGAUUCCAUAUCCCAAAAAAACUCUUCUUUUCUUGCUACCUUUAUUUGAUGCGUUACAUCUGUCUUGUAAUGAAUUUUGUAGUCUUGGGAUUUUUUCGUGUACAAAAAGUCAUAAAAAAUGAAUUCACUCUAUCAUUUUAUUAUUUGUAUCUUUGCUAAUGGUGGAACGUUGUUCUGGAUGGAGACAUUGCAAAAAUUCAUCUAUAUCAGAAGUUUUUUUGAGGCAGCAUAUAUAAUCGAAGUGAAGAAAUGACUAGAAUGUCACUGACGUUGAGAUCCUUUUUUGUGAGCUAUUCUUCUGCAAAUGUCUCUGACUCUUUGCAGCUUUUCUCGUUGAACUCUGUAAGACACCCUAAAUGUGAAUGUAAUGUAGCCAUGCAUUUGGACAUGUCAGGUAUCUUGCAGUGGGCAUGGAAAGAAUGGUGCUCUUUGUGUUCUUCAACAAUCAAUUCGCCCUGAAUUAAUCACAGAGGUAGAUAGUUCUUCUACUUCAAUGCUUCAACAAUCAGGUACCAUGUCCUGUGGUGGUUAAGAUGGGAAGGGAAAUGAUGAUUAGUAAAAAGUUGUGUAAAAUUGACUUUUGGUUCUCUUGUUUUUUCCGUGACUUAAUGGAAAUUUGAAUUCAAGACAGAUUGAAAGCUCAUUUUUCAUUGUAUUCAGAAAAUGGGGUUUCUAUCUCUCGAGCAUAACAUUUGAUCAUUUCUGAAUUUUCUAGUUUAGAUUAUGCUGUAUGCAUCACAUUCAAUUUCUGUUUGCUUUCAUGUUAGAUAAUAUCUUUGGCUCAAAUAAUCUAAUGUUGUUUAAAUUAAAGUUUUUGAGACAUUCUUCAGUUUAAAACAUUCAUCCAGGUAGCCUGCUUUUUUUACUUUUUACUUAUUAAAAAACUAAAACCAAUUCAAGUAGCUUGCCAUUCCACAUUUUUUACACCUCAGGGCUUGCAGGGAGUCCCCUGCUUUUAGAUCCUUUCUUCCUAACGCUGUUUCUUCAGAACCAAUCUCAACAGGUACAAAUACCUUCAUAAUGAGGUUUGAAACUUAGCGGGGAUUCUUUGUCUGGAAAGAUUUUUAUCAGCUUGAAGCAUGUGCCCACGUAUGCUUGGGAUUCCAUCUUUUCUUUUUUAGAUUUGCCCUAUUUCCCCGGUAAAACAGGUCAUGCAAGAAUGGUUUGCUGAUUGUCAUCAAUUGGUGCGUGAAAUUCUGUUGGAUUUCUUUGCACUUUGUAUGAUGACCUUGGGGAUUCAGGAUGUUGUAAUGAGGCUUCGCAUUUUUUAUCAGAACUUAAAUGUAUCAGUUUCCUUAUUGACCUACAGCCGAUUUCUCUCACAUGUGAUUUGUAAAUUUAUGAGUAAUUCGCGUUUUGGAUACUUAGGAUCAGUUGAUCCCAGUUUGAGUGAGCAGUUCUGUAACUCGAUUUUUCCCGAGUUUUAAAAGAAGCUAUCCAACAAAGGUCAUUGCAAAGGUUGAAUCAACCAAAUUUCGGCCUGAUAUUACGAAGGUCAUUUGGUUUCCAGAAACUGUACGUCUAUUGGAGGAAGAAUAUGGGGGCAUAAGUCUGUAGCUGUAGGAAAUGGACACCAGUAAUAAGAUAGGAUAACAAAUAAAAUGACCUCUGGAAUCACUGUAACAGCAAUUGCUCUCUUUUGCCACUGCUGAUCACCAUGACUGCUGCCAUCAUACGAUCUGCAGCCGCCACAAAGUGUGCCAUAGAGUAGGGAGUGCUCUGUCUACAGACCCUAGGAUCAGAGUGAUGAGAUCCUCUUGGUUAAACCCUAGGAUCUGAUACCAUAUCUAAAACAAAAAAACCCUAGGCGGCUAUGCAGUGGAAGAAAAUGGACUUUUUCGAGUCUGGCACAUGCCGGUUACAUACAAGUACCAGGUCCACAAGACAAUUAGUAAGCGGUCCAACAAUGAAUGUGCCGAACCAGUUGGGAACUGGUCCAGAAAUGUACUGGAUUCUUAAACUCCUAAACCAACAAUAUGUCUUUUCCCACACCCGGCUUUUUUACAUUGUUUGAUAUCACAGUUGAGAAAAUUCCUACACAAUUUUUUAUUGAUGAACUCUUGCCUACACUUCCAAAAUCUUAGUUCAGUUUUUGGGUGGUGCAGUCUUCUUUAACAUUCGUAAUCAAGUUUCCUGUUUGAUAUUUAUUUGCCAGAAUUUUGCAGGUUGAGCUGCCUGGUUGCAAAGGGAUUUGGACUGUAUAUCACAAGAGCUCUCGUAGUCAAGUUUCGGUGGAAGAUGAUGAAUAUCAUGCUUAUUUAAUUAUAAGCUUGGAGUCACGGACAAUGGUAACUUAGUUGUUGUUCUCUCCGCUUCCACAUUUCAAAUUCAUUCAGCAUGCCCUUAUUGGAAUAUAUGUAAUAGAUGUUCUAAACUUGAAACAUUAAUUUAAUUAAGUCUAAGAUGCCCGCCACCUUCCACCCUGGUAACCUCUUUUAGUGAUAAAUAAUUUUUAGAGAAAUCAAUAAAGGAAAAAACAUGAAAUGUGUUAAUGUGGUUGGCUUCAUGUUGAGUCAUCACUGUGUUUGCAUGGAUUAACGUUCACACAUUGUUGCAUGCAGAACACUAACAAGCAUGAAUGGCUAGCAUUCACUUUCUUUUAUGCACUGGAACAUAUGUUUCUGUGUCCAUCAAGUGUGCUUGUGUGAUGCGUAUGAUCUGAUUCAUAUUAAUAUAUUUUUAUUAUGUUGUAUUUUUGUAAUUGAUAUUUUUAGAUUAGUUGAGUUCAACGUAAGAUUGUUUAGAGUGACUAUUUGAAUGAUUUUUUUGUCUCUUUUAUGUUGUAUUCCUAAUUGCAUUAUGGAAACUAUACCUGUUAGAUUUUACUCACAAAGAGUUAGUGAUUAUUUUAUUUUCAACUUGUUUUAAAUUGGAUAUCUCUCGGGUAUCUCACCUUGUCAACUGUAAGAUCACAGACCAUCGUUUUGGGUGAUUUUAAAUUUCAUAUUACUAUACAGUAUGCAUAUAGUCUCAGUACCCAAACAAGUUAGAUUAGCGAGGAUUAAAGUUACAUUGGAAACCGUUGUAAUCUAGAUUUCGUGGAUCACAAGAUUUCGUGGCUUAUUCCUCAGGUGGUUCUCUAGAUUCGUUGGACAAUGACUUGCUCGUUUUUUUAUAUUUUGAAUAGAUUUUGUUGCUACUAACUUUGAAAAACCAUUUUUCUAAGGUUGGCCUCUGGGUUAAUACAUAUAUGUUGAUUAUUGAUGCCUAUAAUUCUUGAUAGUUUCUUGCAUGCAGUGUGAACAAAAAGAUGUUCUACAAGUAAUGAACAAUGAUUGGCUAAUCCGAAUGGAAUAUGAUAGGAAUGGGAUAUCAAUUAGGAAAUGUAGGCUAAAUUGUUCAGUUAUUGAAUUCAAUUCAUGAGUUUAUUAGGAGCUCAAUGGUUUUCUUGAAUUCAAUUUUUCCUCACAAGACGUGGUAUAGAAGAGGAUCUUUUUGCAUACCUUCUUGACUCGAGGGGAAACAUACCUCCUUGCAAUAGAUGGCGUUAUCCUGAAUGUUAGGAAUGUGCUUUUAAAUCAAGAUGUUUGCUAUCAUCUGCUCUUUCCUAAGUUGCCAUGAGAUUUGGUUGGUAUGCUAAUCCCAAGUUGUUCUGAAUGUUUGUUGAUGACUCAUCGAAGACCUAUGGUGAUGGAACAGCUCAUGUUAGUAAAAUUUUGGAUUUCAAGUACGUGCCACGAGUAGGAGUUUUACUGCUUAAUCUAUCAUUGUGAUUCAGGCAGUAAUGUGAUUUGCAGUGGGAAAGAAUUUUGCAUGUAAUCUAGAUUCAUUUUUUCCUUACUUUUGCUACAUUCUUUCUGCUGUAUUUUAGGUCCUUGAGACUGGUGAGAUGCUUGGAGAAGUGACUGAAAGUGUUGACUAUUAUGUUCAAGGAAGUACCAUUGCCGCAGGGAAUAUGUUUGGAAGGUGAAAUGUUCAUGAUUUUUCCAAUCUUUAUUCCACGACUUAUGCUUUUUCUGUUUUUUUUCAUAUUUCAUUCGCAUUUUAUUUUCAUCUAGUUAUUCGCAUUUUAUUGUCAUUUUUUAGGCUUUUUUUCUUUCUUUGCUAAAAAAUAUCAGUGCUCCUAUCCCCUUCGUAACGAAAGCCUGAUGGAAGAACUCCAGGAGAUUUUGGCCUUCUAUAGGGAGGUGGAUUUUCUAGUUAGUUUAAAGGCGAACAUAGGUGGUCAGUCAUGCCCUGAUGGCUGGCCAAAGAAAAAAAGUGUUUGUGUCUACUGGCUCGAAAAGUAUACGACUUCUAACCAACUUGCCGGAUAAUUUAUGUCAGAUACCUAACCACUAGGAAACAGUGGAAAACCAUCAGCGGUCUCCAUCUCUGGCAAUCGUUUGUUGUAGCUCUUGAUAUGGUUUCUGUUGGGCCAUAUGCCACAAUACUGAAGAAAAUACUUCAGCACCUAUCCAUCAGAUUUAGGUAAAGUUGGGAAGAAUUUGUGAGUCCCAGAUAGAUUUAACCAAUUUUUAAACAAUACUUCAAGUUAUGGAAGAAAAUCUGACAAUUUCUUUGUGCUCGGAUGAUGUCAAGAUAUUCAGUUUAUUUUCUUCGUCAUUUUCUCUUUCUGCUUUUGAAUCUUCUCUCUUUUUUCUUGUCUUCUUGCUUGUCCUCCUUUGUCUUAAUAUUAUGUUACUUCUUCAUUCUACGCCUUCACCCUUACUUUCUCAUCUCCAUUGUGUUCGUCUCAUCACCACUGACAGAAUCUUCAUAUUCUUCCCUCGUCUUCUUGUUGCUUAAUCAGUUUUGUGUUUGAGUGCCUCGGAAGGAGGCCACAAAGAGAGCUUGAUGAAGCUUUGACAGACAGAACUAUAUUUCUAUAGCAGAUCCAUGUAAUACACUGAAGUUGUAUCGGUUUUUUAGUGUUUAUAACCACAAUUCGUUGCUGUGCAGGAAUAUGCACAAAGUUUAAAAAUAUCCUUAAAGAACAGCUGGGAUUAUAUGAAUGUAAAGCACAGCAGAAAGAAACUGGUUUGAGAAGAUUCUACCUGCCUGAUGGAGUAGGAUAAUCGUGGUUCUGUGUAGAUGGGAUGUGGCUUUUGCGUUCGUGUAUUUAAUUAUUAACUCGAAGCUGUCCCAACAACGUCGACAAAUUCAUGAAAUAUUUUCAACAAUUUCCUUGUAUUAUUUUCCAAUUAGUUAUUAGAUUGCUGGUACAAACAGUCUGGCAGGCAGUCCUUUUCAGUCAUUUGACGCAGAGUUAUUGCAAUACUUCAGCUUUCAUGUUCUCUUGGGUCUUCAUAACUUGAGAGGCGGAUCAAGAUAUUAAUUGAACAAUCCUACAGUUUGUUUGGAAGCCUUAAGUUGAACUUGAUCAUGUAUUCAUUGAUUAUUCUCGUAGAUUCUCAUAAUUUUAGACGCGUGUUCAAUUUCGUCGCGGAAAGGUUUGAUUUUCAUAGGCAACGAUGUCACUCAUGCACAAAUGUUUUCAACUGAACUCUUCACCCUCCACUGUCGUUAUUAACCGAAUAGUUGUCUGAGAAGUUUUUUUGGAGUUCUUUCUCUAUUUAUAGCCUCCUCUUCCUCUGUGUGCAGUGCGACUUCGGAAGUUCCUUUCAUUUUCAAAAUAAAAAAUAUCAAUUUGUCCAUUGGAGGCAUCUUUUUUGAAAUUAUAACUGCUGUUUUCCUUCGUCUGGAUCGCAAUUUCUCCAUUAUUCUGACUUUAUCCGUUCAAAUAUGAUCGUGUUUAUCAAAAACAUUGGCAAAGAUUACACCUUCCCACUUUCCUAGACCUUAUGGAUCCAUCCUUCUUCAUGAAAACGGUUGUAGAUGCUGAUUUGAAAUCUCUUCUCUAUUAAUGCUCCACCACAAUCGUGAAUAAGUGAUUGGUGGUUCGAUGCUACACUCCAUUUUUUGAUGUGUAGUAAUUCUCCAUGGAUUUUUGUCCGUGAAAGCUAUUAGUACUUUGUGACAGAUAAUUCUUUCAAUCUUUUCAGUGAUGUGUAUUUUCCAUCUGUUUAGCACGUUCUUCUAUUUUCUGAGGUAGACCAGGGGUUGUAUCUGCUUCCUCCAUUGCCCGCAUUCCUGUUUAUUGUAUAGUUCUUGGCACUAUACGCUGUUAGUGAGUUAUUUGUGUCGUGAAAUUGUGUUGUGGACGGUGCUUAUUGUUCCCACAAAGCUGUUACCCUAUUAAAUUAGAAUCACUUAGUGACUUUCUUGCAGGCGUCGAGUUAUUCAGAUUUUUGCACAUGGUGUUCGUAUUCUUGAUGGUUCCUACAUGACUCAGGAGCUUAACUUUGGCGGGCAUAAUUCUGAAUCCGCACUGAACUCUGAGGUGACUGUAGUUUCAGCUUCUAUAGCUGACCCUUAUGUUUUAUUGACGAUGUCUGAUGGAAGUGUUCAGCUACUUGUUGGAGGUAUUCAGCUGCUUUAUAAGUGUUAUGUGAGGCUUUUAUUUUCUUCGUUAUAAAAUUAUCAGACAUAUAUCCUGUACCUGUGUAUAUGUGGAAGCAAUAAACUACUGAUCAUGCCACUUGGUCGUUUAUAAUUUUUGUUUGAAUCUUUUAAUUAGUUUUCGCACAUUGACGAUGUAUUUCUUUCCCUGGUUUAUUAAUGAUCUUCAUCUUUCGUGCUUAUUGUGUCGCCGCAUAAAGUGACGUUUUGGGUGCAUUCGAAUGUGUUUGGAGAUAAAAAAAAAGUGUUGUUGGAAAUUGGAGAAGAAGAAAUCGGAUAUAUUUUUUGGGGAUAGGAGGCCAUAAAUCUCUUCUUCCUUUCUUAACUUUUAGAAGUCUUUCUUUCCAUUGUCUUUUUAAGUUCUUUGGUUUCCUUUGCCAGCAAAAAAAAAAGAGGCUAUUUAGGGCAUAUAAAUUUGUCACACUUUUUAGUACAAUAUACCUAAUAUUACCGGAGAACUUAAAAAUAUUACAUUAAGGAAACGUAUAAAUAGUAUCAUUUUUGUCAAAAGGAAAAAUUCUUUUAUUUAUAGAAUUUCAACCGUGAAUUCCAUGGAUUGCUGGGCCAUAUAUAUAAUUCUUAACUUUUGCCAUUAAACGUAUAAAUAUUGUAUCCUUUGCCUCAGUUGUCUUAUCAUCAUUGGCACAUUUGUAUCAGCAUUACUCGUGCUACAAGCUUGAGCUUGUAAGGUCUAAAUAGUGUGGAUGAGGGGAUAAGAGAGAUAUUUUGUUUAAGAUUCUCUACUCUAGGCCUAUGAUCAGCCUAAGAGUGAAGUAAAAUACAGAUAUAUUCAGUUCCAUUUAUUACUAUAUUCAUCUUCGGUUUUCCAGUGUCACUCAUUAUGUAUUGUCUAUUAUCCCUUGUCUGUUAUGUUCUAUCUAAAAUUUGUUUACUUGAGUUAUCCAUUGUACUUAAUAUUUUGCAGACUCCACGGAUUGCAGUGUCUCUGUUCAAAAUCCAUCAAGGUUUCCAAAAUCAGAGGAUGUAAUAUGUGCAUUUGCUCUUUACCAUGAUAAAGGACCAGAACCAUGGCUUAGAAAGACAAGUACCGAUGCAUGGCUCUCUACUGGUGUCGCUGAGGCCAUUGAUGGUAGUGAUGGCUCGCUUCAUGAGCAGGGUGAUAUAUACUGCUUAGUCUGUUACGAGAGUGGCACCUUAAAACUCUUUGAUGUGCCGCAUUUCAACUGUGUUUUCUCAGAUGAUAAGUUUUUAUCUGGCAAGACGCAUCUCGUGGAUACCUCGAUUGAUGAAUCAUCCAAAGAGUCUCAAAAAGUGAUGAAUAAGGGCAGUGAAGAGGCAGGUAACCCGAUCAGAAGAGAAUCAAUAGACAGCAUGAAAAUAGUAGAGAUAGCUAUGCAUAGGUGGUCGGGCCAGUACAGCCGCCCAUUCUUGUUUGGAAUACUAAAUGACGGAACCUUACUUUGUUACCAUGCAUACUUAUACGAGGGUCAGGAUGGUUCUCCAAAAAAAGAGCCAGCUUUGUCUCCACAGGACUCCGGUGAAACAGUUUCUUCAAGACUUAGGAAUUUGAGAUUUGUUCGAGUCCUUUUAGACACAUUUACGCGGGAGGAACCUGGAGCAUUCUCUGGGCGACAAAGAAUAAAUAUUUUUAAGAACGUUGGGGGGUAUGAAGGCUUAUUCCUAUCUGGCACUAGGCCAGUUUGGUUUAUGCUCUGCAGGGAGCGUCUACGGUUGCAUCCACAGGUAUUUCUUGCGAUUCUCCUGACCUUUUAACAACUGUUGAAAAUAGUUAUUACAAUGCAUCUUAUUUACAGACUGUUUUCUUACGGAAUCAUUUGAUUAUUUCCAUUGGAAGUUAAUUUAAAAUGAUUCUUUUUAAAAAAAGUCUUCCAGAGCCUCCCUCUACAAAACCGUUGUCUAGUUCAGGCCGACAUAUUGUGUCCCUCGCUGAUUAAAAGUUUGCAACCUGUGGGAGUUGGUUGCUAACUCAUUUUACAUGGGACUGAGAAGAAAUUUUCUUGACCAACAUCAUCCAGAUACUUAUUGGUUUUUCUAUCAUUAUAAAUUUAAUAUUUUGUUUAAAAUGCUCUUCAGAUGUUUAGCGUACACUGGAUUUUCCUCGGACGUUACAUUUAUUGCUUUCUGUUUCUUCUUAUCCUAAAUAUAAAUCAAUGGCAUGCAUUUAGUUCCUGGUUGUGAGUCAGUACCAAGCUGACUGAACCUUGUUUUAUCAUCUUUCAAUAUCAAAUGUUCCUGGUUAAGAAUCUUGUAGGUUGACUUUGAAUAGUAUCCGAUGCACUCUAGCUUUUCAACUGUCUCCUGAUUCGUUGUGCCAUUGAACAUUGUGCGUAGUUAUGGUUAUCGUUGUAAAGUUUAGGCCUUUUAAAGUAAAAUUUCUUCUCAUAUAUAUAUUUUUAACAAACAUCGUUACUCAUUUCCAGCGCUGUGAUGGAUCAGUUGUGGCUUUCUCUGUUCUUCAUAUUGUAAAUUGUAAUCAUGGGCUUAUAUAUGUUACGUCACAGGUACGGUUUCUUCACAUCGAGUAUAGAAUACUAUUUUCCAACUUUAAUCACUUUUAGAAUGUGUCAAAGACUGACAUAUAAUCCCAUGAAACAGGGUUUCCUCAAAAUAUGCCAGCUGCCAACUGUAUUAAACUAUGACAAUUAUUGGCCAGUUCAAAAGGUGGACUAUUGUUGCUCAAUUCUAUGAAGAUCUUGGUCUCUUUUAGACGAGGAGAUUUUAGUGGUUAUAACGAACUUUUGUUAUUGUUUUUCCAGAUUCCUUUGAGGGGAACUCCACAUCAGAUUACAUACUUUGCUGAGAAAAAUCUUUACUCACUUAUUGUCUCUGUUCCCGUAAGUUGCGUUCACAUCUAUUCUAUAUUCCUUUCUGAUAGUUGACCAUUGAUAAUUUGAAGUUUUGGUGUGAUAUUAUUUGCCUUGGCUGAAAUGUUUUCAGUAAAAAGAAAAAUAUGAUCGUCUGCACUUCUUCCUUUGUUCAUUGAGACGUUUUUGAUCAUUUAUUGAUCUGUUCAUCUGUUUCCUGAUUUGUUUCUACAACACUACGACAUCAACUCUCUUGAUGUCUCGUCCGUUUCUUUGUUUCCAAAAAGCCUUUCUAUCUUCAUUUUGUUUUCUCCCUUCUGAUUAUUUCUUUUGCAAACCAUGAAAACACAUUAUGUUGACAACCGCCAGUCAUCAUUUAUGUUCUAGCCCAAUCUUUGCUCUAAGGGCAUUGCUUUUGUCUUUUCCUUGAUAUCAUGAACAGAACUAAGUAGGACGCAGCAUCUAUCUUAUAAAUGUUUGUUGUAGAAAUUAUAAUAUGCCCUUUAUGCUUCAGUAGUUUGCACCUUUUUUCUGUGAUAUACUUCAAAUAACUCCAUAUUUUUAAAUUAGUUCUCGUAUCAUUUAAUCACCUGAAUAACGUUAAAUCAGGAUUUUUGAUAGAGACUAUUCUCCUUAUAUUUAUUAAUGCUGUCUGAAAACAGAUUCGAAAUCAAUUAAUUAACUUACUGCUUCAAUAAAUAAUCAAAUUUACGAAAAAGGCUAAUCUUUGAGAUACAACAGCUGCCCUAAAUUGAAUGUCAGGCAAUUCUCUUACAAUCACUGAAUGGUGAUAGAAAGAAAGUUGUUCGUAACGUUGAUUUUCUUCAUCCUCUGAAUGAAGUACCAUGUGCAUACGUUAUAGUACACACCUAUGCAUAGAUAAGCUUCUGUACGAAGUAAAUCAAUUCCGAGUAAUUCGUUCCAAAAUCCACUUUUUUUAGUUGAUAUGAGUUCGUGUCCCUAAUUCGUAAACAUUUAUGGCAAAAAUGUUAUUUCGCUGAGCCUCCCAGUUGUCAUAUGAUGUUAUAUUGCUAUCUGGACCCACAUUUUUCUCCAAAAAAUUAUUGUCGACUAAUAUUUGAAAUUGUUAUUUAUUGGUUUGGAUUUUCGUUUACUGUCUAUUUCCCAGGUUACGCGGUCACUCAAUCAAGUUCUUUCUUCUGUCAUGGAUCAAGAAGGUGGUCAUCAGUUAGAGCAAGAUCAGUUGGGUUCAGAUGACCUGGCAAAAACCUAUACCAUUGAUGAGUUUGAAGUUCGCGUUUUAGAACCCGAGAAAUCUGGGGUUCAUUGGGAGACCAAAGCUACAAUCUCUAUGCAACCAUCUGAAAAUACUCUCACUGCUCGCAUGGUUACCUUGUUUGUAAGUUUGCAAGAGGAUUUCUGUUAUCAUUUUGUUGUUGGCCUAUUCAAGAUGCUUUUGAUAUAUUUUUCAUCUCUUUCCAGCUUUCGAUUGUUCUCUUAUGCCAGGGAACUGAAUAAAUUUAAGAAAAACGGGGAAUAAAAUGAUCCCUUAAAUUUGUCCGUAAGUCGUAUUAAGGGCGUCGAGUUAGCAAAAUCCCUAAUAAGGUAUCGAAAUAUUUGAAAACCUCAUUAGUUAACUCACAAUGCUUCAUCUGAAGUGUAUUUAAUAAAUAUCUGUUACCUAUUCCAGUCCACAAUCGAGCGAAAUUGUUAAAAGAAUCCAUCUAAAUAUGGCUAGAGUGUUAUGAUGAAUUAGAAUUGAAAGUUUUUAACGUUUUUAUUCUGUCUGAUUGCUAUGAUGUCAUCAUCAUUGAUAUGUUUUUAUUAUUUCCGGUUUGAAUUUUCUCUGGGUAUCUCUGAUUUUCAAUCCGUCAAAUUGUUUAAGAAUACAGAUAAGGCAGUUGAGUUUGGCUGUGCACGGUUGAUGUACAUGGCUUAUUGGCUAGAUUUCUGCUAAUAUUUACUCCAGUUGAUCAUAUAAAUCUGUUAACUAUAUUGAAAAGUAAGUUGAGCAAUGAAGUUGAAGAACGCUAUGUUUUCGUGAUUCUUUUAGUGCAUAUAUUGAAUUUUAUAGUUGCCUUCAUAAUUGCCAGAGUGCACAGAGUUGUCUGCACUGAUUGCAAUGAUUUUUCUUGUUGUCAUCAGAAUAGCACAACAAAGGAAAAUGAGGCUCUUUUGGCCAUUGGUACUGCCUACGUGCAGGGAGAGGAUGUUGCGGGUAGAGGACGAGUGUUGCUCUAUUGUCUGGGGCAAAAUACCGAGAAUCCUCAGAAUCUGGUGAUUAUAUUAGCGUUUUGUAAACUAUGUCUAACUUAACAUUGUUGCUAUAUUUUAUCUCACAAAGUCGUUUUUGGCUUUGCCCAUUUGGUUCUGAUCUUUCCCCUUUGGUGCAGGUUUUGGAAGUUUACUCUAAAGAGAUAAAGGGAGCAAUCUCAGCUUUGGCUUCUCUCCAGGGACACUUAUUAGUGGCUUCUGGUCCCAAAAUCACGCUGUAUAAGUGGACCGGUACAGAAUUGAACGGUGUCGCAUUUUAUGAUGCUCCUCCUCUUCACGCUGUGAGCAUGAACAUCGUACGUGCAGAUAUUUCUUGUUCAGCAUUAUUUUUUGAAAAGAAAAUAUUUAUUAGUGAUUCAGUCAAGUUAAAUUUGCACCCCUAUGAAACUUUUGUAUCGUGUACUCGAUUUGUAUUUUCUUUUUGUGAAUAAAUUAUAGACCUGCAUCUUCUGGAAGCAAACUAUUCAUUUGGAAUAACAUUUGCAAAGUCCUCUCUCCUCUCCCUGUUUCCUCUAACAUUUGAGAGAGUUCUACGCCCUAGUCUGCUGGAAUAAUGGCCAGGCUUGGUUACAGAUUUUGAUACUAUCGGUAUAUUUGAAGAAUCCAAUUGUACGUUUACCUCACUGUUCCAUCAUCAACUGUUUAUUUGAUGCCUGCCAUUACCCAUGUCGAGAAAUACGAAUAGUUUUUAUCAAUAGGCGUCAUGGAAUGUCCUCUUCUUUGUUAGAGAUUUCAGUUUCUCCUGUCUUGCACGGAAAAAUGACGGAGAUGUGACUGAGAUGUACAGAUAGCUAGAUUUGUUUCACUUUUCCGAUUACUUCCAGAACAGCUUUUCAUUUACUAUGAGAAGAGGGAAGCUUGAGAGGGGAAAAAAUUAUAUGCUGAAGAAAACUAGGGAUAUAUAUAUAUAUAUAUAUCGAUCAAUUUAAGUGGAUAGCUGCGAGUAUCUCCCAUUCUAAAGUAAAAUAGGAUCGUCUCAAGCUUUAGCACACAUGGUUAUACGAAGAGAGAGCUUGUCAUUUAACUCUUUCUGCGUAUGUAAUUGGAAGCUUGCUUUUUUUGUGAAGUUUUUGGUUACUGUUUUCUUCGAUUUCUUAAAAAACUGAAUGCAUUCUCGAAUUAAUCUGAGAGUUGGGACAUUCAUCAUUCUACAUAGGAUGAGGGACUAGUAAUGCACACUGUAGCGCGCUCUACUGAAAUAACAUUCCUCAUCAUUAGUCUAAUGUUUCCAGAUAUUCAAACUUUUGCGACGAUGCGUUCAAUUUUUAUUCAAAACUAAGUACGGACACCUGUCUUAUAUCUUUUUCCUGUACAAUUAUGUCAACAGCUAUCAGUAAGAAAAAAUAUAAUAUUUCCGUCAGAAAGGCCCAAUUUUCCCAACUCCUCAUCAGACCGACUGCCUUGUAUUUAUUUGUAGAAACUCAUUGUGAUGAGUUACUUGAACUUGCAUUGGAGUGAAGAAAACGUGCAUUUUUAGGCUUGUUUUAAACACAUUAUCUACUGUCACCACUUGUUCUCAAUUCAGAUCUGUGUAUGAACUUGGAUCAUUUGAUAACUCGUAACUUUUUACGCUGUUUUAUUUAUCCGUUAUUGGCAUUGAAUUUAUUUCAUGUUUAUUAAAGGUAAUUCAAACUGUAUCUCACUUAUGAUCCUCAGAAUUCAAAAGUAAUGCUGAAAAUUGACAUGAUUUCAGGUCAAGAAUUUUGUUUUGUUGGGGGACAUCCAUAAGAGCAUAUAUUUUCUCAGUUGGAAAGAACAAGGUGCCCAAUUGAGUCUGCUGGCAAAAGAUUUUGGCUCUCUAAAUUGUUGUGCAACAGAAUUCUUGAUUGAUGGGAGCACACUAAGCCUUGUAGUUUCGGAUGAUCAGAAGAACAUUCAGGUGAGCAUAACAGCCUUGUUGUGGUGCUUUUGUAUUAGCUUAAAGAAUCAAUUGUCUUUAAAGAAUUGGAAAUGUAAGAAAUCAAUCUAGACGUGUAGCUCAUAUGCCCAAAUUUAUACAAGUCGAUACAGUGCAACAGGAAAUUCAUCACAUCUUUCUCAUUCUCUAUCCAGAAAGUGGCAAUAGAUGUAGUUGACACAAAGUAAGAACCUUCGUGUAAAAAAUGAAGGCACGUGAAAACUAGAAAAUAUGAGAGGUACAAUAACAUGAAGUUCUAGGUUAACAAUCAAUAUCUUGGACUUUUAUACUGCCAGACUUGAUUCAGCCAGUGGCCUUGGUGACUUUUUGGAUGAUAACACGUGUAGAGUAAAUUCUCUAUGUAUUUAAGUUGCUCUUAAAAGGUGAAUACGGUGAUUUUUAGUUGAGCUUCAAAUAUUCGUAGGACUAUUGAGUAUGAAAAAGGUUAGUUGACUCCUUGAAAUUUCUUCUGAUUGUUAGUUGCGAAAUAGUGGUGAUGUGUGCAUUGCUUUUUUUUUUUUUUUUUUUUUUGGCUAGAAGCUGUGGAACAUAGCUGUCAAUCUUUGAGGAAGGCCUACAAUCUGUUAAUGAAAUUCAAACCAGCCGCCAGGCUUUGAUAUGGCUGUGCCAGUUUGUAUGGUAGUCAUAUGAGAGCUGUCUAAGAUUUUGAUUAUGUUGAAAUGGAGGCCCGUUUGUGAUUUGGCUCAGAAUCAAGGGAGGUAGUUGGCAGCGGUGAAACCCUGGGAGUUUGAGGAAUUGAUGGUUGGAGGUGAUUUUAGUUGAUCGCUGUUAAAACGAUUCAAUCAUUUUUAGCUUCAAAUAGUUAAGAAAUAAAUUGCACAAGAGGGCCUCUAUCUUCGCUUUCGUUCCCUAAUUAACUCAGAAAGAUGUCAAAACGAAAGAGAACUUCACGUUUUGUUCUUCAGUUUUGAACGGAUUUAAUUAAUAAAAGCAUCAGGUUGUUAAGACGAUAUAUUUCGCUUGAUUACUCUGUUUCUGUAACAACUCAUGGAAUUGUAUAUUAUAUAUAUAUAUAUAUAUAUUAUUUUUUUUUAGAUUAUGACAAUGGAUCUGAUUAAUAACAACUCAGACCUUCUGGAAUCUGUCUGGGUGUAUGUCAAUUAAAUGCGCAAAUAAUUCAAAGUUUGUGCAUCAUCACGAUGUAAAUGCACAAAUAAUUCAGAAGUUCUUAUUCUUCCAUAAAAGUUUUUUUUAUUCUCUCAUAUUUGAUCAGUCUCACGGCCUUGCAAGCCUCCAUGAUAUCAUUCCAUCCUCUGUGAUUAAAUUUUUUCUGAUAAGCUCUUCAUAUUAUCACUCACUAACUGGGUUAUUCUGGCGGUUGACAAUGAGCACAGAUCUUCUACUACGCUCCGAAGAUGUUGGAGAGCUGGAAGGGACAGAAACUCUUAUCUAGAGCAGAAUUCCACACUGGAGCACAUGUGACCAAGUUCCUGCGCCUGCAGAUGCUCCCCACUGCACUGGAUCAGUCUAAUCCGACCCCGGCUUCCGAGAAGACCAACCGGUUUGCGCUUUUAUUCGGUACUCUCGACGGGAGUAUCGGAUGCGUUGCGCCGCUCGAUGAGCUCACCUUCCGCAGGCUUCAGACCUUACAGAGGAAGCUGGUGGACGCUGUUCCCCAUGUAUGUGGACUGAACCCUAGAUCCUUCCGGCAGUUUCAAUCCAAUGGGAAGGCACACCGUCCCGGCCCAGACAACAUAGUUGACUGCGAGCUCCUCUGCCAGUGAGUCGUCCUCUCUACUUAGCCGUUGACUUUUCGUCAUACUCCCCGAGCUUGUCUCUAAACUGCCCUUUUUCUCGUGGCUUUUGUAGCUACGAAAUGCUGUCCUUUGGAGAGCAGCUGGAGAUUGCUCAUCAAAUCGGAACGACUCGGUCGCAGAUACUGUUGAACUUGAAUGAUCUUCACCUGGGAACGAGUUUCCUAUAA